AUGGAAAAUCAAUUCACAGUUAUCAACCCUUUCUACACCGCUCCUCACGCAAUCAAUCUACAAAUUAAUACUGAGAAAGGAGUCACUUACGAUGUAAAGGGUGAACGUAUCUUUUAUGUUAUUAAGGAUACUUUCUGCCCACUUCACUACCGUCGUGUCUUGUAUGAUGAUAAACAAAAUCCCAUCCUCACGACAUACAAGAAGAUUAUGGCGUUGCGUGAGCGAUGCAAAGUUUUCAAGGGUGAAAGCAAUGAUCCAUCUGAAUUUCUCUUUUCGGUGAAGGAUAUCAAGAAACCCUCAAAGAUCCCACGUGGGAUUAGUAAAUUAAAUGUGUUCCUCGCAAACAACAAAGAUGAAAAAAACUGUGACUUUAGGGUCAUAAUUCAUGGAAGUAAAAGGUCGUGCAUUGUUUAUGCCGGUGAAUCUCCUACCGUUGUUGCCCAAAUGGAGAACAACGGCGGCUUCAAUGUCUUGGUCUAUCCCAACGUGGACUACGCAUUCAUAGUGGCACUGCUUAUGAUUGUUAACGAGAUGAAUUAUAAGGAGCCCAGGGAUGGUACCAGUACUAGUACAACUGCCAAUAUGGUUGCAACAGCAUUAUCUCUUCUUGGAACCAGUUCAUCUUAA